GGGCUGUACCAUUAGCGCAUCUGAGAGGAGGGUAAGACUUUGAGGAGGAGCAGCACAUCCGCUCAUUGAGGCGAUUAAGUUUAUGCUUCACCGCGUACAGCGUGAAUGACGCAAAAGCCAAUGUAAAUUUCUACACAGCAUCCAGUCUGUGCUUUAUCCUACAACACCUGUAAUUAUGGUGAAUGUCAUCCAUUUUGUGCGAGAAUGGUGGCCCGUGACCUUGGUCCCCAUAGGCUUUAUGGUGGGAUGGUACUUUGACAGAAAGAAUGACGAGAAGCUGACAACUUUCAGGAACAAGAGCAAAUUGUUUCAAAGGGAAUUGAAACCUGGUGAAGAAGUUACAUGGAGAUAAUGAAUGACAGACUUAUAAAGCCGUGCAAUUAAACCUGUUUAUUAACAUAGUGAUGUCUUUGCAUCAUCAAAUAAACAAGAACUUCCCCCCCUUUUUUCUUCCUAGUGUAGA